AUGUCGCAACGACCGAGCGAAACUCCGAACCGAUCCUCAACGUCGCCGGUGAAUGAACGAACGCAAGAAAGACAAGCUUCAGGCAACACAUCUCCUUUUCUCCGAUCCGAUGGAGGUUCGUUCCGCCAAACCACGCCUCAAAUGAAUGACCGAGCGAGCGGGGAGCUGGAGGGGACUACGUUGGGCAGCGGCUCUCGUGAUGGAGAACGGAGGACACAGACACAAAGGAGAACGCAGAGCUCCAGUGGCUUCUUACUGGACUCUUUACCGCGAUCGAGAAGCACAAAAGUCAGUCUGCAUCGACCUCGCCCAUCGGAACCUACCCAAGAAAAGCGCAGUGUGCCAGAGCCGGAGAUAGUGGUCCCUAAGAAGCGCUCGCGAUUUCCAUGGAGUCGACAUAAGCAUCACGCAUCCGAACCUGUGGAAAAAGAUACGACUUCAGGUCCAACAGAUACCCGGCAGGCUUCGUCUUUCGAUAAGCACCCCUCUCGAAACUCUUCAGGACCCGAGGUGCAGGAUAAUACCGAGCAGUCGACCCCUGGCUUUGACAGGGACUCCCUUCAAAUUGUCAACCUUGCCCUCAAUCUCAACGAAUCGCGAAGGCGCACAGCUUCUGGAAUUCCCCCGGGCCCGGGCCGAAGACCAAUCUCCGUUUCCCAACCUGCUGUUCCGCCAGUCGAUAGCUACGGGCAAUCCUCAAGGGCAAGAAAUUUCCAACGUGACUCGACCUAUCGCAACCUGACCCAACUCCCGGGUGAUGGCAUGUCACAGGGGACCCUGCCGAGCUUGGACCGGUCGUCUGUAGUGAACCUCUUGCCUCCCUCUGCGGUCGAGGAUCAUAGAGCGUACGAAUUCUCCGAGAGUACAUUGGUUCGGGCACAAAAGGCUCGUACUCAUUUUGAUCUAUUCCAUGAGUAUAUGCGACUGCUUCCUCUGUUACCUCCACUCCGAGAAGCAGCUAAGGAUGGCUCGCCGGAGUCUUCAAAGACCCAGUCUAACCGUGGCUACAAUCCACUUCAAACUAUCCGAAAUCGCAAGGUCAGGUAUCGCGAGAAGUGUAUUAUCGAUCCAGAUGCCGAGGGGUGGCAUGACGCGGAAAGGGUUCAUCAAUGGAUCGAUAAUGUCGAGCGAAAAUACAGCAAAACCGAUCACGACCAGCUGGAAUGCUUGAAAUUACCACCUUUCAAACAAGGCCAUCGCCAUGCAUCUAUUGGAGAGCACGAUGACAUGGAAAUGGCAACCUCACCUCCGGCAAGUUUGCGACGUGUCAGUCGAACAAGCAGUACGAAAGCUCGUCGGCCGCGGAUUGAUUGGAAAAUUUCACCCGCAGAGCUUUUGGCUGAUGCUGCAUGGCUCGAAGAUGGCACCAACAAGACAAAAGUGGUCGAUAAAGAUGGUUUCAAACUUUACCCUGAUCCCACGCAGCUGGUCAUCCUAAACACGCGUGAUGACACUGCGACCCCUUACAAGCAACGUCUCUCGUUUGAGGUGGGAGAUCAUGGCGAGGUUAAUUCGUCGCCACGAACGUCUCUUUCGAGUACUCAUCCUGCAUUGGCGCAUGAAUUCAAAAGUGUGGGCCGUGGGAGACACAGACACCGGUUCCGAAGUCAUUCACAUAGCCUUCGCAGUCGUAGCGGCUCCAGCACAAGGAAGCCGUCUCGAUGGAAUAAAGUGAAAAUGCGUUCUGGUAGUGUCUCAAGCUCUUCCAGUUCGGAGUCUCGCCCUUCUAUCGACGAAAGACCUCGAAUGUCCCGCGAGCACCUCCGCGAACAUGUCCAAAGAUUCGUUGACCACGCACAAGCUUCGGGAUCUCGGAUAUCUCGCGCCAAAUCCCCCGCCGUCAGAGGUACCGAGCAUGAUCGGGGAAGGACACCGCAGCCUUCCGAGCCAUUGACGCUGAACACAGCGCAUAAAAAGCAUCGAAGAGCCUCGGUUUCAUCAGCGGGAAGUAUGGACUACCGAUUUGAUCCUCGAAUGUCCGUGGAGGGGAUGGACAGUACCGCACCCAACUCUCCCAUUCAUGCCGGCUACUUCCCAAGCAUAGCGGUGAACUUGUCGCCUCCUUCUAGUCGAUCACCCUCGCCCGCGAAGAAAGGUUUGCGCCACAAGAUUGUCUCUCGCCACGAGCGGAGCAAAAGCAAACAGGCCCAUCGAGAACGGGAAGACGAUGCCCCAGGUUAUGAGACCCCGCAUCACCAACCCACGUCGUCGCUUGACUGGAAUGAGGGUGCUUCCAAACUUGAUCCCAGUCCUCUUCCUGACUCUGUUUCGCCAUCCUAUGAUGACCAGACCGUGUCGGAAGGACAUCGACGCAAAGGGAGCCAUGUCCCUGAAUCAAAGCUACGGGGAAUCUUCAAGGGCCCUGGCCGAAUUGCAGAGAUUGUCGGCAAUGAAGUGUCCAAGGUUGGAGAUCUUAUUCUGAAAAAGGAUGCUGAUCCAGAAUCUCGCAAAUCUUCAUCCGCCAAUACUAUUGCUUCGGACGAUAGCGACUCGGAUGAAGAUCCCAGGACGGACAAGAAGGUUGGAACUUUACCGCGGAGAGAAUCCGACAAGACCUCAUCUCGCAACUAUAUCUCACUGCCAUCUUUCGCCUCACCCCUACGCUCCGAUGAGCGAAGUAAGGUUCCAGCUGAGGCUGAUUUGGGUAGCCCUCGCGAUCAAUUCACCACCCCACGGAAGUAUGACCCCCGUGAGUCCAAGAGGUUUGCUUUCCCGCGCAGCAAGACACUUGAUUUCAGCCCCUCGCUCCAAACAGGGCGUUCCAAGCGCCACGAAAUCAAAGAUCCUUCUAUCCCUUUCAGCUUGACCCGGCCUCCUGUCACUGGACUUGCCAAGGCUCGAGCAUCGCCCGGUAUUUCACCCGAGGGAAGACGGUCAGGACUCUCCGGUGCCAGUCGCGCUUGGAGUAUCUCCGGACGCAGUCUCCAUAAUCUGAACGACAACGGUAUACCUGCCAAAUCCGAAAUCGAGCGCACACGGGCUCUUCUCCUGUCGUCAGGUAUCAAAGCUCGAGAGAUAAAGCGGAGAGCCCAUACUACCCGUGAACCGGCUCCACAUUGGCUUCAGAGCUCUCUGGGUUCUAGCACGUCUAUUCCGAGAGUGACGCGCAUCAACGAAUUCGACCUUGCCGCUCAAAAUCUGCUACAGAGGUUCGAAAUGACUCAAACUUCAUUCCAACAAUCCAUGCAUCAAUUCUCCACCACCACAUCCUCCCCUCUUCGUUCUCAGAUCAAGAACCUGGAAAACUUGGUUAAUCAAUCGCUUGCUCCCCGUGUGAGGGCGACAGCGAAUGAUGCCGAGGAUAUGUGUGUCCAGCUCAACACUACGAGCACGCUCGCUGUUAAACACCUUAGCGAUGCUCUUGACAAGGGCGUACGCAAGCGUCGUCGCCGAUUGAGAUGGAUCCGCCGAACUGGCUUCAUGGUCUUGGAAUGGGCUCUCGUUGCUAUGCUUUGGUGGGUGUGGCUCAUUGUCAUGGCUUUCAAGCUUGUCCGUGGUGUAUUCCGAGGCUUUUUCUCUGGUGUGCGAUGGGUCCUUUGGCUUUAA